GCCUCCUGACUGCUCUGUGUGCUGCUGUGAUGUGGAGGGGACGGCUCCAAUUGCACCAUUCUGGGACUGGCCCUGAGAUGGUACAAGAGCACGCAGACAGACGGGUGAUUCACAGUACAGGGACAAUGCUCUCAGCUCUGCCACACUAACCCUGUGUGUUGACUGGGAGAAUGAUACCAGGACUUGGAAACCUCAUGCAGGAUGUGCUGUGGUGCUUCAGUCAGGUGAAGGGAACCAUCGAUGUCGGGGUGACAGAAGCUGACAUUAUCUCUACAGUAGAAUUCAACCACACUGGAGAAUUGCUGGCAACAGGGGACAAGGGGGGUCGGGUUGUCAUAUUUCAGCGUGAGCAGGAGAGCAAGAACCAGCCCCAUCGCAGGGGUGAGUACAAUGUGUACAGCACUUUCCAGAGCCACGAGCCGGAGUUCGAUUACCUGAAGAGUUUGGAGAUCGAGGAGAAGAUCAAUAAGAUCCGAUGGCUCCCGCAGCAGAAUGCUGCCUAUUUCCUGCUGUCCACCAAUGAUAAAACUGUGAAGCUAUGGAAGGUCAGUGAGCGCGACAAGAGGCCAGAGGGGUACAACCUGAAGGAUGAGGAUGGCCGCCUCCGAGACCCCUCCAUGAUCACCUCGCUGCGGGUGCCGGUGCUGCGGCCCAUGGACCUGAUGGUGGAGGCCACUCCGCGCAGGGUGUUCGCCAACGCACAUACGUACCACAUCAACUCCAUAUCCGUCAACAGUGAUUACGAGACCUACAUGUCGGCCGACGACCUGAGGAUAAACCUCUGGAACUUUGAGAUCACAAACCAGAGCUUCAAUAUUGUAGAUAUUAAGCCAGCCAACAUGGAGGAGCUGACGGAGGUGAUCACAGCUGCAGAGUUUCACCCCCACCACUGCAACAUCUUUGUGUACAGCAGCAGCAAAGGCACCAUCCGGCUGUGCGACAUGCGCACCUCCGCCCUCUGCGACCGCCACGCCAAGUUUUUUGAGGAGCCUGAGGACCCCAGUAACCGCUCGUUCUUUUCAGAAAUAAUCUCAUCAAUAUCUGAUGUCAAAUUCAGCCACAGCGGUAGCUACAUGAUGACAAGAGACUACCUCACUGUCAAGGUGUGGGACUUGAACAUGGAGAACCGGCCCAUCGAGACAUACCAGGUCCAUGACUACCUGCGCAGCAAGCUGUGCUCGCUGUAUGAGAACGACUGCAUCUUUGACAAGUUUGAGUGCGUGUGGAACGGCUCUGACAGUGUCAUCAUGACCGGAUCCUACAACAACUUCUUCAGAAUGUUUGACCGUAACACCAAGCGGGAUGUGACCUUGGAGGCAUCCCGGGAGAGCAGCAAACCACGUGCCAUCCUCAAACCCCGCAAAGUCUGCGUGGGUGGCAAAAGGAAGAAAGAUGAAAUAAGUGUUGACAGUCUGGACUUCAACAAGAAGAUUCUUCAUACGGCAUGGCAUCCUUCGGAAAACAUCAUUGCUGUAGCUGCUACAAAUAACUUGUAUAUAUUCCAGGACAAAGUUAACUAGGAGGACAAGUUAUUCUUUAGGAGUCUCCCAUGUACUGAAUACUAGUAAACACAAGAUAACAAAUGUUUCUUUUCUUUUCUUUUUUUUUUUUUUCUUCUCUUUUUUUUCCCCUCUCUUUCUUUCCUAUUCAUUUGUUAAUUGCUGCUAUGUGAACAGCAGUGUGCAGGGGCAGGAGGACCAGCUGCAGAGGGGCUGUGGCUGAGCGCACCCAACAGCUCCCAGAUUUCCAUUUACCCACGCGCUCAGAGCUCAGACUCAACACGGAGCAGUUGGGGGGGUUCAGCUUUUGCUGUCCCGGUGCCCCCAGCUGGUGUUGCUGUAAUGCUGCUGCUGUGUGCUGUGGUGACCUGGCAUCAUCAGCCGCAGUGGGAGCAGAUGGGGCGGCUGCGUGCACCUAAGUGUGGGUGUGGUGGGAUUUUGUCAUCCAUUCUGGUUCUUUAAAGCUUAAUCUCAGAAAUAUCCCACUUUGGUUAUUUCCCGAGAUCAGAGCCAUGGCCCUGUUUAUCACAUCUGUCCUUUUACCACCAUUAUUUCAUGUUUUCACCAUUAGAAUAGUUGUGCUCUGAGCUCCCAGGAGGGCUGACGUCCUCUGCCCCACGGAAGGAAACUCCCAAGGAUUUGGCUUCGUAGAUACUGUGGUGCCUUUGGGGUAUAUGAAAUACCUUUAUAAACGAUGCUUCCCAAACACACUGAUUGCAAACAAAUUGAACCUGGGUUUUUCUUUACUUUUUCCUCCUUUUUUCCCCACGUCUCUUGUGUUUAGCUGUGCUCCUUCUCGCUGUUCCAUUGCUGUACUUUCACUCCUCUGCUCUCUCUCUCUUUUUAAUUUAUUUAUUUAUUCCUUUUUUUUUUAAGAAAAAGUAUGAGUUGAUAAUUUAUGACACUCUAAAAGAGAAUCCACCCCAAUCACUGCUCUCAGCACCACCUGGCUGCUUCCUCCAGGGGCCGUCCAUGGUCUGAGAUGAUAAUAAUAAUUAUAGUAAUAAUAAAACCAGUAACUCUUCUGUGCAUGGCCAGGCUGCCCCUUUCUACUGCUACUCGAGCAGUUUUUGACUUGAGCAAACGUUCAAUUAAAAGAAAAUAAUAAUUUUCAGUCCAAAAACCACUCCUGGAAGACCAAGGAACUGAAUAAGUAGAGUCAAUUGCAGCAAUCCACACCAUCACUUUAGCAGCAUCCCCAUCAGGGUGGCCCUGCUGUGCAGCUGUGCUGCAUCCACCAUGCCUGUGUCCUGCAGGGAAGCUUUCACCAAGCUCUCAGGGCAAAGUGCACUCUGCCCACAGCCCCUCUUGUACUGCACGCUUCGGAUGCCCUGCAGCUCCUGUGGUACCUCCAGCCCUCAGCCUUGAUCUGAGGAGCGUGGGGAGGGGCAGGAGAUGCCCUGACUAGAGCCUGUGGGGCAGGAGCAGGGGGCAUUUGCCAUCCCAAAGGGAUGAGUAGGGGGGGACGUGCACUGCUUCACACAUUUACUACAAGUGGUGGUUUUCAGGAGUACUUUUUUUUUUUUAAUGGUUAAAAAUAAUGCCAAGAGUAAAGUAAAACAUUUUUUUUUAAUGUUCUUUUUUUUUUUGUUCUUGUACAGAAAGCCUGCACUCUGGUACCAGAAGUAAAGUUGUUCCAAAUGAG